AUGGUGCGCUCCCGGCUGCCUGUCCCGUCGCUCCUCGGCCUCUUCAGCGCCCUCCUGAUGCUGUCCCCGGAGCUGCUCGGGUAUUUUUCCGACACGCCCGUCACUGAUCCGGAGGUGCAGGUAUUCCUCGCCGUAGCUGUGGAGCAAUACAACCAGGACAGAAGUGACAGCGCCAACUAUUACAAGGUGCUGAGCCUUAUGAAGGCGCAGUACAAGGUGGGUGCUUCAAUGGAACUCCAUCUUAAGGUGGACUUCGUGAAAACAACAUGUGAAAAGAGGGCCGGUCGCUUGCCAUAUAGGAAGAUCCAGGAAUGUGAGGAACUUCCAGGGAAUCAGGAGAUACGAACCUGCACCUUUAAAGUUAAAAACCGCCCAAAGAAGAAUGGAAUGUUCACCAUGGACAAAUUCUGUUCCUGA